AUGGACGGUCGUGGACCCUCGCCUUUACGCGCACCUGUGACGCCUUAUAAGCAAGAAGCGUUGAGUCCGAUUGAUAAGGAGUUGCAUCCUGUUUUUCAUGCGGGGAGGGUUGCGGUGAUUACGGGUGCUGCGAGUGGGAUUGGAAGGGCUGCUGCUGUUGAGCUUGCUAAGCAAGGUCUACGCGUCGCACUUGCAGAUGUGAACGAAGCACAGCUCAAAGAAGUUGGUGAGGAGGUAGCUAAAGUCGCAGGCGAAUCGAACCACGUACUCGUCGUGCCGACCGAUGUAUCCCGAUACGAGGAAGUUGUCCGGUUGAAGGACAAAGUCCUCGAUGCUUGGGGAGAGGUUGCUGUGCUGCUGAACAAUGCUGGCAUUGGGCCCCGAGGUACGUCCUGGAGCGGACUUGAUAAUUGGAAGAAGAUCUUCGACGUCAAUCUCUUUGGGAUUGUGAACGUGCAGCAGGUGUUUGUGCCGGUGAUGAUGCAUCAGGAAAAUCCCGCGGUUAUCGUCAACACGGGGUCGAAGCAGGGUAUAACGAACCCUCCGGGUAACUCAGCGUACAACGCAUCGAAAGCUGCAGUCAAAGCUUUGACUGAGCAACUCGCGUACGAGCUCCGCGAGACAGCAGACGUUAAACUCACUGCGCAUUUGUUCGUACCCGGGUGGACGUUCACGGGUAUGACUUCCGGAGGAACAAAGGAGAAGCCUAGUGGUGCGUGGACUGCACAAGAGACGGUGUUGUAUAUGUUGGAUAAAGUGCGGGCUGGGGAGUUUUAUAUCAUUUGUCCGGAUAACGAGACGAGGCCUGCGGUGGAUUCGUUGAGGGUGCUUUGGAGUGCGGGCGACGUUGUGGAGGGACGGCCUGCGUUGAGUAGGUGGCACCCGCAGUAUAAGCCGAUGUUUGAGGAGUAUAUGCGCGAGAAUUUGGCGAAUUUGUAG